CAGCAAUGUAUCUGCUCCAACUUUUCACGGCCCUGGUGAUGGGAACAUCUCUGGUGUGUGUGGUAGUUUCUGAAGUAAGCAGUCCUGAAACAAACACAUGCUCCAUGGUGGCAUGUGGCAUUCCAGGUUUACCAGGCAGAGACGGAAGGGAUGGCACCAAAGGAGAGAAAGGAGACCAAGGGGUCGGACUGAAGGGCUACCAGGGAUCACCUGGAAAGGCUGGACCUCCGGGCCCGUUUGGAAUGCAAGGACCUCCAGGUGAAAAAGGACAAAAGGGAGAAAGAGCAGCUACUGAUGCUGUUCAGAAUCAAGUAACUGCUCUGGAGAACAAGCUCCAGGCUCUUCAAGCUGAAUUUAACAAAUACAAAAAUGUGGUGUUACUGCAGGGGCUGACAGUCGGACAGAAAACUUUCUUUUCAACUCGCCGGCAUGACACUUUUGCCAAUGGCAGAGCCCUGUGUGCGAAAGCUGAAGCGACCAUGGCCUGUCCCAAGAAUGCUGCAGAGAAUGCUGCUGUGCAUGAACUAACGAAGAGGGAUUCCAAGUUUGCUUAUCUCGAUAUCACCGAUAUCCAGACAGAGGGCAGAUUUGUGUACGCAAACGGGGCACCCUUAAGCUACACAAACUGGAAAGGAGGAGAGCCCAAUAACUACAAUGGAAUCGAGGAUUGUGUUAUUAUUGUACCUGAAAAUGGACUGUGGAAUGACUACAAUUGUGACCAGAAAUCUCUCAUUAUUUGUGAAUUCUGACCUGUUUGCAGAGAGCAUUCAUGUUUCAGGGUUCUGCGUGUCCUACCACUGGGAAACAUUACUCAUCGGUUUCAGGUUACAUCUGAAGCAUGACAAAGUUAUCAUUUCCUGUGGAGUUGACCUAGGCUGCUUCUGCAGAGUUCUCAUUGUGGCCAUGAAGCAACAGAACCAUGACACAGCAGUUUUCCCUGUGUUUUUCUUGUCACCUCUUGCAGCCCCCAUUCCCCCCCCCCAACUGCUGGAGGGCUUUAUUCAGGCUUUAAAAAAAAUCAGCAGUUGCUAGGUUGCUUUAGCACAGUAAUGCUCUAUUAGCAGAAUUCCCUACUUCCUCCAAAAUCCCCAGCUUUUAUCAAAAAAAGGUAAGAGUUUAGCCCUUUUGUUUCAGAGAUGUGAGGUGUGCACCAUUCCCUUUAAUCAUGGAAAAGAUCACAGCAAAGCAGGGAAAAUCCACUUAGUGAAAGAUUAGGGGAACCCGGGGUGUGAGAAUGUUAUUUCUUUUAUUCCACUAUCUCCCCUAAUCAAAUGGGAAUCUCACAAAAAGCCGCUAAACGCCAGAAAAUUGGGAUGCAUUUGUAUUUCUAGUAUUGCUAGUGAAAGCUUGAGAUUACAAUAGACUUCAGCCGAGUUUGUUAAAUAGUUUUUACGUGACAGACUACAGUUUUCACCUUUCUUAGACAUCUUGAGCGUUUGGGAAGGGGGGGGGGGAUGGAAAUGUUUUAAAUAAAUAUGGUCCUUGUACCACCUUUAACUCUGGAAAAGGGAUAAUCUCUUCCUAGCCUCCAAAGGUCAGACCCAGGGCUCCAUUCAGAUGUCAUGCUAAGCAGCUAUUUACAGAAAAAUUACAAUACUGAUGCAUGCUUUCAAUUCCCAGGGAGAGUUUUUAAGAAAACAAUU